CAAGUAUGGUUACAGUUUUAGUUACACGUCCAGUUUCACCUAGCUUUAGGUGCUUCACAAAAGAAUUAUUGCUUGAUGUGCAAUUUGUUUGGUUUAAACCUCUAGCCAUUUUAACUUCCUUCUAGAGCUCUACACAGGUUGUGGAUAGAAAUGGAGAGCUCAGUGCAGUCCCUGGCAGCGUGGGGCAGAAGGGCACCAUCUCACUCUAUCACAGGCAUAAUGAUCACAGAUGAUCAACAGACCAUUGUAACUGGAAGCCAAGAGGGUCAGCUUUGUCUGUGGAGUCUUUCCAGUGAUUUAAAGAUCUCACCAAGAGCCCUUCUGUUUGGUCACACUGCCUCUAUUACUUGUGUGGCAAAAGCAAGAGACUUUGAGAAGAAACCAUAUGUGGUCAGUGCCGCCAGCAAUGGGGAGAUGAGCCUUUGGAAUGUCAGAAGUGGGCAGUGUGUGGAGAACACAAAGAUGACCUUUACUCAUACCUCUAUCUGUUAUUACUACUCUUCAUUCCGCAUGGAGGAAGAUGGAUGGCUCCUGUGCAUCGGAGAGUAUCAGGAUGUUCUGGUCAUUGAUGCUCGGGUGCUGGAAGUGCUUCAUACAUUUAUCUCUUCUGAGUCUCCUGACUGGAUCAGCUCAAUGUGUAUUGUCCACUCACCUCGGAUCCAAGAGGACUCUUUAGUGGUUGUAUCAGUUACUGGAGUUUUGAAAGUCUGGAACUUAUCCUCUUCCGUAAAGAGUGUGCAGGAAAAGCAGCUUAUCUUUGAAACAGAAUCCAAGAGUCUCCAGUGCUUAAUGUGUCAAACUAUCCGCUUUUGCAAGUACACAGAACGAUUGCUGUUGGUAGUAUGUUCAGAUUCCUGGAAGGUGUACGACUAUUGUGAUUUCUCCUUGCUGUGCAUGGAAUUGAGUAAAACUGGACAGGGCUUUACUGGUGGGGAACUGCUGCCAGCUAACAGACUCCUAGUCUGGACAGAGGAUGGACACAGUUACAUCUACCAGCUGUCUGACAGGGGUCUUUUAAAACAUGUUAUCUAUCCCCCCUGUGAAAGUUCAGCCAGUGAGACGGUUUCACCACGUAUGCUGUGCUGCACUUCAGAUUGCAAGAUUUCCCAUCCUGUACUGGGCUUUAUAAGCGAAAGAAAGGAACCUUUCUAUAAAAUUCUAUUCUCUGGUGAUGAAUCUGGAAGAAUAACCUUAUGGCACAUCCCUGAUGUCCCCAUUGUAAAUUCUGAUGGAUCCCCAAAAGAAAUUCAAGUGGCCGUAACCUGCAGUCUGGCUGAGUCUUUUAAACAACACGUGUCUGAAGAGAUCGUCGGCCCUCUCAGUUGUCCUGGGGAUGAGUCCCCAGCCAUCACUGUCAGUGUUUAUAUCCCUAACAACGAUCAACUGGUGUGUGGAUGCGAAGAUGGAAAAAUAAUAGUAAUGGCAGCUUUACGUGUAGCCAGAGCAAAGCUGCUUGAGGACCGCUCUCAAUUAAGAGACUGGCUCUCUCACAAGACUGUCCAAGGCCACAGUGGAAGAGUUACUUGUCUGCUUUACCCGUACAAUAAAUCUGUGAGCUUCAAUCCAAGCUGGCUGGUCUCAGGUGGUCAAGACUCGUGUGUAGUCUGGUGGGAUGUGUUUACAGGAGAGAUUUUGCACAAAUUUACACUACAAGCUGGUCCGGUGGUGAACCUUUCAGUACCUCCGGAAGAAUGUAUACCCAAAGUACACCAGAGUGUUUGCUGUUUAGCAAGUGACCAGUCAAUAGCACUCCUAAAUCUCCAGGAGCGAGCCUGUAUCAUCCAUGCCAGGAAACAUCUGUUCUCUGUGAAGAUCAUUAAAUGGCGACCUGUUGAAGACUUCCUCGUGGUUGGCUGUGAAGAUGGGUCAGUGUAUGUCUGGGAGAUCGAGUCAGGUGCUCUUGAACGACAUGAAACAGGAGACACAGCUAAAGCAAUCCUCAGCUCCUGUGAUGAUUCCCAGGCUGUGCUAAUUGAUAGAUGGGUUCCCAUACCUGCAGGAGCAAGGCCUAACCAUCUGUAUCAGAGAAAUCAUCUGCAUUGCAAAGCAACCAGCUCUUUCAAACAUAACACUCUAGCAGCUACCAAUAUACAGGCUGACAGAACUCAGGAAAAGGUUCCGAUUCCAGAGCUCAUUUUGAGCCCUUUCACAGUGUUGCAAUUGAAAGCCACCUCAGUAGACAAUGGUUUUCAUGUCCUAACAUUCGACGUGGAGGGACUUUUGGAACAGCUACACCCCAGCCCAGAGGAAAGGUCAGAUCUGCUGAGCUCCUAUGACAGCUCUGAAGCCCUAAGAAGAGUGGCAAGCUUUGAUAGAAAGCAAUCUAGACUGAAAAGGAACAAAACGUCGGUGUCCCUUCAUCAAGUAAAUGAGUUUGUACGAGAACGCCUAUUCCAAAGUGAGAACAACAUUUACAGUGCUGCUGAUGAAGGAAUUGGCAUGCUAAGGCGAAAAAAAAAAAACUCUAGAAGGAGCCAAAAACAGGAUCUGGGAAAAUUGGAUAUCAAUAGAACUGAAGAUACAGCAAGACUUCUAUUGUCCUGCCUCUUCCCAUGGGGUACAGAUGGAGAACUUGAUGACCUCUGUACGAAUAAUCUUGGUAUCUUCACACCUCAAGCUCCAGUGUCUUUUGGUCUACAAUCAAAGAAUGGUCACAUGUCACUGAUACUGCCAGGAUGGCAUCCACAGAAAAUGAGUGGCACGAGUGAGAAUGGGCCUUAUAAUUUAAUUUCAAACAAAGUAAUGCAGCUGGCGAAACAGUACACAAACAGCAGUGCUGCAGAAACUUCAUUUCUAGAAAAGGCUGAGGAUAAGAAGGAGGGGGACUUUGGAUUGGAAAUUACUUCCUAUCUGUUGUCCAUUGUUUUAGUAGUCAGCAGUCUUAUGAGAUUGCCUUUGCAGACAGAUGAGUCUAUCGAACAUGACAGACACGAGGAGAAUGGCUCUCACCUUUAUAAAAGGAGAGCCAAGGAUGCUGUCCGGUAUCCUCUUAGAGAAACAGAAUCUCUGAAAAAACUGAUCACCAGUUGGCAACAACAGUCAGUUGAGGUUCUUGAGGCAGUACAAGCUGUGCUGUUGGUAGAGGUUCAGAGGAUUAUAAAGACCUUGAGAAAGACAUCAAUCAGCAGUCAAGCAGUGACCGUGGCAGAGAAUAGAAAUGGUGAGACUCAGACAUUGCCAAAGAUUGGGGGCACGGAACUGCUGGAGUCACAACAAAGUACUGCCCCACUGAGUACCAUUGAAGAAAGCAGCAUCUUGCAGCUAUCAGAGAAGGCCCCUCACAGCGAGGCACCUGCUGAAACUGUGGAUGUGCCAAAAUGUGUGGAGCACACCGGCAAUCCCCCAGACCCUCAUCAGAACAUCACAGCUACCUGUAUCCAGCAGCAGUGUUUGAAGCAAAGAGCACGGAAGGCUAACAUAACAGGAGGCCUGAAAGAAGUUCAGUUUGACUGCUGUAAGCUGUGCUGAUGGAACCCAUCCGAUUCCAUGAAGGUCGUCACUCAUUAUUGCAGGCUGGAUCCAUAUAUUUAUAAUCAUGUGGGUAGAUUCAGGCCAGCAGUGUGGAGUAGUGGUUAGGGCUCUGGACUCUUGACCAGAGGGUUGUGGGUUCAAUCCCCAGUGGGGGACACUGCUGUUGUACCCUUGAGCAAGGUACUUUACCUAGAUUGCUCCAGUAAAAAUCCAACUGUUUAAAUGGAUAAUUGUAUGUAAAAAUAAUGUGAUAUGUGAAAUAAUGUAUAAUGUGAUAUCUUGUAACAAUUGUAA